GCGCAGGAUGGCGUCCGCCAGCACGAAGCAGGCCGGAGACGAGAGCUGGCCAGCGGCAAUCCCAAAGGUGAGCACCGGGAUCGUGAAGACCGAGCACAGGCAGGGCCACAGGCCGUUCCAGUCGUACAGCCUCCCGAGCUGGGUCCGGCACCCCGACAACCAGAAGCGCUGCAUGUACCUCCAGCCCGAGUGUGGCAUGUUCGACGGCCAGGGGUUCAGGAUGCUUGAGAAGGCUACCCCGGAGGAGCUGAACGCUCAGGAUGCACUGGGAGGCUGGACUCCGCUGCACUGGGCCGUGCUGUCUGACAACCCGAAGGCGGUCAUCUGGCUCCUGAACCACGGGGCCGACAAGGAUAUCCAGGACAACAACGGCAAAAAGGCCGAGGAUCUGAUCCAAGACCACUGGGGGGAAAUGUACCAGCGUUACUGGGAGGCCGGACUUACGAAAGAUGGCUUGCCGCAGCCGGAUAAAGUCAUGCCAAAGCGGGUAAAGCAGAUGCAGAACGCGUUCAAGCUUGAUUCGUCUGGCAAUGAGUUCGACAUUCCUGGGUACAGUGCCAUCCAAGUAUAA